AUGCCGUUGAGGCAGGAGGUUCUGGACGCCACGGAAGCCAAUUUGCAGUUGCGGUCGAUCUUUGAAAGGCUCGUGGACCUGGCCAUAGAGGCAAGGGCCGGCUCCACGGAAACGCGCGCGGAAGAAGGUCCAGCCAAAAAGCGCAAAUUAGAUGGGCCGGACUCAACGUCGGCGGGUCCGUCUCAGCCCGAUGCAGCUGAUGAGCUAUUGUAUAGAUUGGAAGACGUGUCGUUCACAAGCCCUCUUCGGAAGAAAUGCUCAAUGCACAUUCAUAGACAAUCUAUUCGCCUUUACUCGGCAACGAAUAGCGGACACGACAGCGUCCUUUUCCUGACUUCGGACAUAUGCUAUGCACUUUGCGUUCCGAGCCCAGCUAGGGCAAAACCGCAUUUCACAUUCUGCUUGAUGGUAUCCGGAAAAGAUCCCAUUGUAUUCGGCUUUGAUGUCGCCAAGGGUGUAACGAUCAACGGGCCCCAUGGGGGCAGUCCGGCAGACUUGGGCGGCGCCGACUGCAAAGCUAAUAUAUGGAAGACGCUGGAAACCUUGCCCUGCCCGACGUCAGAGCUGGCUGGGACCAAUGGGGAGCUUCCGGCACUGGAAUGUGCACAGAAUACAACCCGUGGACAUAUGUUCUUUCUUCCGACGGGGCUACUGUUUGGCUUCAAAAAGCCGAUUCGUUUCCUGCCAUUCAGAACCGUGACCGAUAUAGAGCUCAUAGCUGUUAGUCGGCACUUCUUUACUCUUGCCGUGUACCCGUCGGAUGUGAAGGCCGAGGCAUUUACGACAAGGAAGCCACCAACGGAUGGCAAGCUGGAGUUUGAGAUGUUCCCGCGGCAGCAGAUGAACCGCGUACAUGCAUAUGUUGAAUCGCAUCGGAGAAACUUUGCGAGACUGCGAGACGUAAAAGGCGAAGUGAUCGAGAAUGUCACGGUCCCUAUGGAUGACGAUGACGAGGCAGACGAGGAUUUCGAUCCUGGAGACGAACGGAAGGAGGUUGCCGAAGAGUUCGACAGUGAUCAUGAAACCGACAGCCAGCCGUCUGAACAGGAGCAAGAUGGCGGUGAUGAAAGUGAAUCCUCAGAGGACGACGAGAGCGACCGCUCAGGUGGACAUAACGACGCAAGUGAUAAAGAUUCUAUGCUGGAACCGAAACAAGAGCGUCUGUAUCCGCUGGCGACUGACGAACUUGAUGUGAAGGAAGAUGAGAUGGGUAUUGUUUCAGUCAAAUCGGAGUUUUCGGCGGGCACGAAAGCACGGACAGGAAUGGCAGAAAUUGCGGCGCAGGUUGAACGCGAGCGAUUACAGCGCCAGCAGCCCAUGCAGCGGGCCAUUCGAAAAUGA